ACACACACACACACACACGCACACGCACACACACAUAGCCAUGGGCAACGAGCUCUCCAUACCGAAGGCAGCGAACUUUGGACCAAAGGAGCUGGCCAAGUACGCCGAGUACACCUUCCUCGACAAGGAGGAGAUCAUUGAGGCGUGGGAGUGCUUCGCCGCUAUCAACCUCAAGGCCGGGCGGCCGCACAACUCCCCCAUCCCCGGGGCUGAGGUGCUGGCCCGGUUGCCGUCACUCCGGAAGAACCCCUUCCGGCGGCGGGUCAUCCGGGUCUUUGCGAAGGAUGGGUCCGUGUGCCCGGGCCGCGAUCCGCGACUGCCGGACCUCUCUGAUGAGGUGUUCACCGCCUGCAAGCACCAGCACCCAUCGGACGACAUCCGUGGUCGGCGCCAGUCCCUGGAUGAGGAGAUCAACCUCGAGUCCCAAAGCAUCGCCGACCUGGUCCGGGCGCCGGAGUCGUACUACCUUGAGCGGGAAUUCUGCCCAGGCACCGGCUCCGAGGGGGGAUGCGAUUGGCUGUGCGGCACGCAGAUCGAGUUCAUCCAUUUCCUCAAUCUCUGCUCCGUAUUCAGUGUCAAGGCGACACCCGGUGUCAAAGCGCUCUAUGCAUUCCGUAUCUUCGACUUCGACGAGGAUGGCUGUCUCAACCGGUAUGAUCUCCUGCGGCUGGUUGGACGGAUCACCUGCUGUUCGUCCAAUGACGAGCUUCAGCGCAUUGUCGGCAGGAUCUUCGAGGAGUUUGGGAUCAAGGAUUGCGAUUCGCUGUCGCUCUUCGAGUUGAAUCAAAUCCUCCAGAUGUCUCCGGAUUUCCUGACAUCCUUUAAUAUGCGGAUUUUGGAUUGACCUGCCCUUUCGCCGGGGCAGUUCCUGGUUCCUGCCAUGCUCCUCUCCUCCUGCCACUGUGUCUGGCCGUCCGAGAAUAAAGGAAGACGAGGAAUUUCCCCUUAUUUUACUCUCCGC